AUGGAUCCAAAAAUUGCAAAGGAAUUGGUGAAAGCCAGACAAGCAGUCAAAGAAAAGUAUCGAGCAUUAAAGUCGGAUAUUGCCCAAUCGGAAACCAAAUUGCAAAAGCAGUGGAAACCUAUAUCGGAACCGCUGCAGCAGUUACUUGAAAAAGUAGAGCCAGUCAAAGUAAAACCAGAGAACUGGAAAUUAGAAUCUAAAACAUCAACACCUCAGAAAUCACCACUUUCACAGAAAUUAACACCGACAAAUAUAUACAAUAGAUACCUCCCCACUACUACAAGUUUCCUUGAAGACACAUUCUCUAACCUUCCCGAGCACUCUAUUUUACAAGACGUUUCCGGGAUAGAAGAAUCACGUCCCGAUGCUACAGUACUAGAACGAGAACGUGAUGUUGACGAGCAAAUGAUUGCUCACACACGGGAAGAGUUUCGGCGCCUAAGCAAAACACCUGGUUAUCAAAGUUAUUUAGAACAGUUCCAUCCAUUACCUCGUCAAUAUAUCGAUGAGUCUAUACGGGGGGAUGAAGAGAAUUUUGAUCGAUAUCACGGUAUAACACACGAUUGGAUCGGCGAAAAAUUAAAAUUGGGGAAUACCCCAAUAACCCUCGAGGAGUCGGAUAUAAUCUUAGACAAUAUCAGAUAUCCAGGAACGCCAGGUCUGUACGAGUUGUUGUUCAAGAAAGACCCUCGUGGAUAUAAACAGACCGAUCUGGAGCACUACAUGGAUAUGCUAAAACGGACCAAUGCAUAUCGACCAUCUAAACUAUUCAGCGUAUGUGUGGUACCCAUUUAUUCCAACACAUUCAGCGCAUUAUUUUACACAUUUGGUGAAAAUAGUAGGGACUAUAUCGUUCCUGUGACCGGGAUAGUUGAUAGUAUAAAUAUACCUCCCAAAAUAAGAGUGAAAUGUGGUCAAAGUGAUGUCAAAGUCGACACACACCUGUCGAAAGGGGAUAUUCUGAACUUCUAUUCAUCUCAUGAACCAAAACCUGACCUUAUAGGUAAUAUCGUGAUGCGCUGUCCAAUCAUACAAGAAUGA